UCUUUUCUACUUUCCGUCACGGAUGAUUAGGAAAUCGUGAUCGAAGUAAAAUCGGAUUAUGAUGGUUUUCAAAGGGUAAAUAAAAUUCUGACCCCAGUGGUCUCCUACCAAGACAACGACAAAACAACCAAGUCUGAGGGAAACAAAAUGGAGAGUAUGACGGCCAUGGCGCGGGACUUCCUUCUGUUCAUUGUCACUGCUCUAUCAUUGAAUGCCUCCGUGAGAGCGGCCUCCUACUGUUACUACUCCUACUACUACUACAGCUACAGAUGUUACUACUACUACUACUAUUACUAUGAUAGCUCUGUGGGGACGAUCGCCGGGGCGGUGAUAGGGGGGUUGUUCGCAUUGGCAGUCGUCAUCGGAAUCAUCGUGUUCAUCUGUGUUGUUGUCUGUAAAUGUAAAACGACUGGGGUCAGAGGUCGAGUCGUUCAACCCGGAGUGGGCGUGUCCAAUAAUGUCACGUAUAUAAAUUCCCCAUCAGCGCCACCCUACAACAGCGGGUUUACUUAUGGUGGAACUCAACCAAUGAAUACGGGACCAAUGCCCCCGGCGUACACCAACCAGGCACCCCCGGAAUACCAACCCCCACCCCCAGCGCCUCAGUACAACGACCCCGCCUACCCUCCCCCUCAAUACCAGAACUUAACCAACGGACCCCCACCUACCACUCACGAGUAUAGAUGAAAAUACGCUAUGAAAUUGUUGGAUGUUUUUUUUCCUUUGGCAAACAUUGUCUUUUAUAACAUUAUUAUGAAUAAGAUAUGUUUGAAAAAUUAUUUACUGUAAUGUACUAUAGCAUAUACAAAUACAAAUAUUGUUGUGUUCUCAGAUUUGAUACAUAUUUACGACUGUACGUUGUCUUCCAUAAAUCCAAAUUGUUCAUCUCAAUGCAAUGUUUUUUUUAUAAUUUGCCAAAAAAAAUACUGCGUGAAAAUGUUAUGAAAUAUUUAAUUGCUCUCUCCUUCUCUCUCUCUCUCUCUCUCUCUCUCUCUCUCUCUCUCUCUCAAUGGAAUGAAACUUAUUCCGAAUGUUUAUAUUGUUUUAUAGUUGCGACGAAUGUCUAAUGUUGAGUUUUUGUUAUUAUAAUAAACACUCCUUACUGAG